CACAGGAAGCGGCUGAGGUGUUUUGCUGCUGCAGUGACUUUUAUUCCAGAGGAGAGUUUUAUGAUUUUCAGGCAAACGGACGGAGACUGAGACAGACGGACAGACGGACAGCAGGCAGGGAAACCGAAGAAGAAGAAGAAGAAGAAGAGAUCAGCCUGCAGGCAGCUGAGCCUCCAUCACCUUCAUCACCUUCAUCAUGUCUGUCAGGAUGACUGAAGCUCCGUUCAUCUACGACAAUGACCUGCAGAAUUUGAUGCCGUACGACUACCUUCCUCCAGUGGACAUAAAGAGUGAACCCUACAUACCUGAGACAGCUCAUGGCCCCUACAUUCAAAUCAUCGAAGAGCCCAAACAGAGGGGCUUUCGUUUCCGUUAUGAAUGCGAGGGUCCGUCCCAUGGCGGGCUCCCAGGGGCCUCCAGCGAGAAGAACAGGAGAACCUACCCAACCGUGAAGAUCAAUAACUACGUGGGCCACGCCCGGGUGGAGGUCCAGCUGGUGACCCACUCCGAUCCUCCUCGUGUCCACGCUCACAGUCUGGUGGGACGCCACUGCACCGAGAACGGCACUUGCAUGCUGGACGUCGGCCCCAACGACCUCACGGCCUCCUUCAGUAACCUGGGGAUCCUCCAUGUGACCAAGAAAGGAGUGGGGGAGGUGCUGAGCAGGAGGCUGAGGGAGGAGAGGAAGAGGCAGAAAGGACCUCACUGCCACCUGACAGAAGCAGAGGAAAACUCCAUCCUGAAGGAGGCCAAGGAGCUGGGCAAAGUGAUGGACCUGAACAUAGUCAGGUUAAAGUUCACCGCUUACCUGCAGGACAGCCAGGGAGGCUUCACCAGAGCGCUGAAGCCCGUCGUCUCCAACCCCAUCUACGACAGCAAGUCGCCGAACGCCUCCAACCUGAAAAUCUCUCGGAUGGACAAAACGUGCGGCUCGGUGCUCGGGGGAGACGAGAUCUUCCUGCUCUGUGACAAAGUCCAGAAAGACGACAUCGAGAUCCGUUUUUAUGAGGAGGACGACGAGGGAGGCUGGGAGGCGUUCGGCGACUUCUCCCCCACAGAUGUCCACAAACAGUACGCCAUCGUGUUCAAAACGCCGCCCUAUCACAGCGCAGAGAUCGAGCGGCCCGUCACCGUCUUCCUGCAGCUGAAGAGGAAAAAGGCCGGCGACAGCAGCGACCCCAAACAGUUUACCUACAUACCGCAGAUCCAAGACAAAGAGGAGGUGCUGAGAAAGAAGCAGAAGCCGCUGCCUCACUAUGAAUCCUGGAGGGGAGGCGGAGGAGGAGGAGGACGAGGUGGAGGAGCCGGGGGAUUUGGAGGAGCAGGAGGAGGAUUCCAGUUCAACCAGCAGAUGAAUGGAGCAGGAGGAGGAGGAGGAGGAGCGGGAGGAGUUUUCUUCACCGGAGGCUUCACAGGAUUUGGCGGAGGGGGAGGGGCUCAGAUGUCAGGCUCCGCCCCUCAGACAGGGGCCACCCAGCAACAGACAGACGGACAGACCGGCUCUCCACUACAGCAGCAGCUGUUUCAGAUCGCUGCCGCCCUGCACAGCAGAACCUCCCAGAGCGCCCGACAGACCGCUGCCGCCCUCCUGCAGUACUGCAGCACCGGGGACGCCCGGGUCCUUCUGGCAAUCCAGAGACACCUCUGUGGCAUCCAGGACAGCAACGGAGACACUCCUUUGCACCUGGCCAUCAUCCAUCAGCAGACCAGUGUGAUCCAUCAGCUGAUUCACACUCUGCUGAGCAGCCAGCAGCAAAACCUCCUCAACACCGCCAACCUCCUCCGACAGACGCCUCUCCACCUGGCCGUGAUCACCCGGCAGGUGAAGGUGGUGGAGGUGUUGCUGAGGGCGGGGGCCGACCCCAGCCUGCUGGACAAAGAUGGCCGUAGUCCCCUCCACCUGGCGGCUCUGGCCGGAGACAACGCCACACUGCGCCCCCUGCUGGCUCACCUGGGGGAGCGGCACGCUCACCUGGUCAACGCGCCCGACUACCACGGUCUUCAUCCUCUCCACCUGGCGGUGAGGAGGGACGGCGAGCGCUGCCUCCGUCUGCUGGUGGAAGGCGGAGCCAAAAUCAACGCACCUGAGCAGAAGAGCGGAAACACCGCCCUCCACCUGGCCGUCAGGGAAAACCUGUUCAAGGUGGCCUGCACUCUCAUCACAGAGCUGAAGGCGGACGUCAACUCGUGCACGUUUGGAGGAAACACACCUCUCCACCUGGCGGCCAGUCAGGGCUCGCCGACCCUCUGCUCCAUGCUCAUCGCUGCAGGCGCUGAUAAGAACAUGGAGAACGACGAGCCGCUUUUCUUCAGCUCCUCUUCAGACGAAGAAGACGACAACGGGCCAAUCAGAGAGCGCGAGGCCGCCUCACUGCCAGUCAACCCUCGCAAGAGACCUGCAGCGGGACACACCCCUCUGGACCUCGCCAAGUGCCAAAAGGUGCGAAACCUGUUAAACUCCAGACAGAGUCCGAAGUCGAGUCGUCACAGCAGUAAGAAGAUGAAACCCAGCGAAGAAGCGGAGACUUCGGGGCUGGACGAGGACACGCUGUCCCGGCUGGUGGAGGUGUUGAGUGUCGGAGACGUUCCCUGGAAGAAACUGGCGGAGAAGCUGGGGAUGAUGACGCUGACUCACCUGUACCUGGACAGUCCGACGCCGUGCCACCACCUGCUGCAGCACUACCAGCUGGGUGGAGGUCCAGUCGAAGGUCUGGUCGAAGCUCUUGAGUCUCUCGGUCUGACAGAAGGAGUCCGACUGCUGAGAAACACCGAGCUGCGAGACGACAAACACAGCACAGACGCUACGGUCGACAGCGGUUUCGGCAGCCAGCCAAUGGAAGAAGAGGAGCCGCCCAUGGCCAAUCAGUGACAAGCAGGAAAUAAAAUCCCAUCUGGAGGAUCUUCAGGAUCGUCGUCUCAUCCUGCAGGAACUAGAACUCUGCAGAACUGGACUUUAAUUAGCAGACUGACACAUGGAAACCUCCAGCAGACACUCAGUAGAGUCGGACUCGAACGCUCGUUCACCGGCAGAGGAGGCGAGUGCUGCGUUCAAGACGGACACUGAGGCUGUAAUUCACAACAGGAAGUUGUAGUUUGGGUUUUGUCAACAUGUUGCGGCACAGAAGUCAACAGAAAUGUAAAAUUUAACCAAAGAAGUCUUUUAAAGUUUUAAAAAAUGUAUUUUAAUUACAUUUAAAGGAAAUACAAACCGCAGGUUUAAAAUGAGUUGUUUCUUUUUAUUUCAGAAAUUUGUCCCUUUGGUUAAUUUUCAACUUUUUACAUAAUUUUUAAUUAAUUUAUAUUUUUUUUAUGUGGUUUCAUUAAAUAGAGUUUAUUUCUGCGGGCUGCGUGAUGACUAAUAAACCCGAUCCUUGAAUGAGACAUAACAAAACCCCUUGAAAGUCCUUAAAUUUGAAAUCUUGGAACAUUUUUCAGCUACAGAGAAUUGUUUUUAUGAAUUUCUAUUGUUGGUGUAAAUCUGUGCUGUUUACAAAGUGUGUGUGUGUGUGUGUUGUGUUACCUGAAGAGCUGAUCUGUUUCUUCGUCCUGUAGGAAAGUUGAAUUUCCAAUUUUCUGUCCGGGCACAAACUCAGCAUGUCUCACCUGCAGUGACAUCAUCAGAGCAGGUUAACAAGUGUUACUCACCUGUUGCAACAUUUUAUCAAGGAAGAAUAUUUUAAGUGACUGAAGAAAAUAAAAAUACUCACUGUAAGUAAAAGUUGUGAUGUGUAAAGUCGUAUUGUGACAAAUACAUUAGAAGAUCAUUUUUUCAAAAGGUUAAAAUAUUUCCGUCAAAUUCAGAAAUACUAAAUGAAAAUAUCAACAUUUGGACUCAGAAGUGACCAUUUUCAUAAUCUUUAACUAUAAAGCUGAAAGUGGCAUCGAAAUCUUUGAGAAAGUAAAUCAGUUAAAUUAAAAUAAUAAAUUAGUCAAACAAAAAAGAAAAAAUUAGAAGACGCUACGUCAACAUUAGGACAAACUUAGGAAGUCAAAACUAAGACCUUUUACUGCAUGACAAAUUUGACAUUUAAAAAUCAAUUUACUUGAAUUAUUUUACAUAUUUAAGUCAAAAUUAUGAUGUACAUUGUGAUUUAAGUUUUGACAUGACAUUUUAUGUAAAAAUGAUGAAAUGUCAAUUUUUGCCAUUUAAAAAAUGUAUAUAUUUGAAUUAUUUUACGCACUUAAGUCAGAAUUAUGACUUAAUUUUUGACUUUACUCAUAAGUCAGUUAAAUCAAAUAGUCAAAAGAAAAACUGUUUAGUUUGGAGAGACAUGAUGAGGAUGUUUGACAUCUUUUACAUUAAUCAUUUUAUCUUGUUCAUAAUUUAAGAAAAUGUGGAAUAAUAAAAGCUCCACAUUUCCUAAAUGUCCAUUGCUCCUGAAAACUAAACGAUUAGAAACAGUUGGCGGUUGAACAUGUUCAGAUCGAUGAGGAUUAAUCUUGCUCCGUUAAAGACUUGUUGUGCAGUAAAGUUUGAAUAUCUCAAGUCGUCCACGUCAGUCAGAAGCUGUCUGUGUUUUUACUAAUACUGUGUAUUCAUGUGGUUUCUCUUCUUCUCCAAACAGCCUGGAAAUAUUUAAUCAGCGAAUGCUGCACUGACGUUUCUGAAACUUGUAAUAAAUAUGACUCAGACUUUUGUUUUCAAAA